AUGACCCAGCCAUCCGUUCGCCGCAACCUGUUCCAUCAAACCCUUAGCCGCCGACCUGCGUCAACCGGCCCUGCGACUAUGCCUCCUCCCCCUCCUCCUCCGGCUACUCAAUCAUACUCUCAUUCUCAUUCGCAUUUCCACCCUCAUCUCAAUCCUCAUCCCUCUUCUGGCCAUAUCCCAUCCAUGCCCCCACCUUCAUAUCCCCGUGGCGCCAACAUGCAUUCCCACGAUCAUUCUACCGGUACCGGUAUCACCACAAGCCGCGCCGCAGUCCACCGCCUCAAACACUCGUCCACAGAGACGUCGCGCACCAUCAAAAUGGCCCCGGACAACAGGGAGAUUGUGGUGCGUGACAAGAAUGGCGGGUACAAAUUGGAGGUGCCGCGGUUGCCACCGCAGGCGCUUGUCAGCGAGACUGGAGACGGGGAGGAACUGGAUGAUCUGGAUGCGGGAGGGAGUGGGAAUGGGGAGAUUGCGUUUGGUGCAGAGUUGAGUGGUGUGGAUAAAGAGAAGUUCGAAGCUGCGCUGGUUGAAAUGGUGAUUCGGCAUCGGAAUCGUCAGUCAACUGGAGAGCCAGAUGAAAUCUUCAACAUUGUCCAAGAGAGUCUACGCAAAAAAGUCGCCGCGCUAGAUGACGACAAUUGGAUGUUUGAACCAGAAACAGAUGUGCGAUCCUAA